ACCACGUAGCCCUGACAUCAUUUCCGCAGAUAGCAAGUUUGUAAACAUUCCAUUUCAGAAAAGAUUUCAUCAGAUAAAUUAAAUAUUUGAUGACUCAUUUGUGGUCUGAUGGUCUUUAUGGGUAGAAGAAGGAGUCGAAGAUGGAAGGCAUUCGCUUGGUUUUUUGUAACUUCACUUGGAGCGCUGUUUUACUCGAUAAAAUGCAGCAAUGCAGCAAGUGACUCCUUGUACAGUAGUGAACAAAACCACAUUCCUGGUGAUGAGUUUAAAAGCCAUGUCACCCGACCAGAGAGUGGGUCCUGCAAAGACAGACCACCUAAACAAAAAUUCCUGAUUGUGGUCAGUACAUUGGAUGGGAAGCUUUCUGCCCUGGAUGCAGCAGUUCAUGGAAGAAUUCACUGGACCGUAUCAACUGACCCCCGACCUCUUUUGUCCUCCAGCAUCAGUAACCUCGAUAUAAACCAGAAUGGGGUGAGGAAGAGAUUGAUCCCCUCCCUGGACGGCACUCUGUACCAGUAUGACGGGGACAGCAUUGAGGCCAUUCCAAUGACAGCGGAGGCUCUUCUCAGCUCUUCCUUCAAACUGUCAGACAGGACGAUGAUGGUGGGGGGUAAAGACAUCAGCUCAUUUGGGAUUGAUCCGGUCUCUGGAAAGUUGAGUUAUUUCUGCACUUCUGAGGGUUGUAAGGUGCUGGACACGGCUGACCAAGGUGACCGAGACAUACUGGUGGUGACCAAGAGUAUGCAGACUGUCCGAUCAGUGGAUCCUAGGAAUGGAAUUGAAAAGUGGAACUUCAGUGUCGGAAGCCAUCAAAUAGAAAUGAUCCCAGGAGAUAAAUCCCAUGAUGCAACACCGCUGGAGGAAGAGGAUGACAUUUGUAUUCAAACUUGUCCAAAUGAGGAGACACAUGAUGUGUUGGACACAGAGGAUUCCAUCAAGAUCAUUGUACCAGAAGGAAUGGUGGUCGCCCUCAGUCCAGAAAAUCCUGACGUGGUGGACUGGAAACACAAAUUUGAGAGUCCCGUGGCUAAAGCCUGGAUACUGAGGAAUGGUGUGUUGAAAUCAAUCAGUGUGUUUGACAAUAAACACAUCCCGGCUCUGUCUGGAUUUGAGGACACUAAGGAUAUAAAGGACCCUACAGGAAGUCAGCCUCUACUCUACGUGGGAAUGCACCAGAACCAGCUAUAUGUACAACCCUCGGUUCCCAUGCAGGAGAAUGUUGCUAAUGCAGCUCGCCAUUCCCACAACAAUGCCAUGAGUGUACCUAAAGUGACCUGGAAACCACUUAUCAGUACUGCUCCCUCAAGGACCCCCAUCUUCCGUGGAAACAGACAAGAUCCCAGCAUUCCUCCGAUGAUAGCCAAUGGGCAAGCAGCAAACAGAGAAACCGGUCUCUCUGUGUGGCAUGAAAAUUACCCAUUUGAUAAUGGUUAUUACCUGUACCCAGAUAUCAUUCUACCUGCAAAUAUCUGUGAAGCUAUUAACAAAACAGAAGAGAGUAUGCCACACGUGAUUUACAUGUCUUUGUGGAACUAUUGGAAAGAGGUGUUAGCCAUCAGUAUUCUGACAUCUGUUUGUCUGAAUUUGACAAUCUUGAAGUUAAGGAAGGUCUACAAAAAGAAAUGCAUGGGUCUUGAAAAAGAAGAUAGUGUAGUUAUUUCUGGGACUCGUUCCAUUGAAGAAUUGGAUACUUCAGAGAAAAAAGCUGAUGAAUAUGAAUCAAGAUAUAAAUCAGACUUUGACCAGCUGCAGGUGCUUGGUAAAGGUGGAUUUGGUAUUGUGUUUGAGGCCAGGAACAAAGUGGAUGAGUGUUGUUAUGCUAUCAAGAGGAUCACACUCCCUAUCAAUGAAAUAUCGAGAAUGAAAAUGAAGAGGGAAGUUUUUGCCUUGGCUAAGCUUGAUCAUCCUGGAAUAGUUAGAUAUUUCCAGGCCUGGGAAGAAACACCUCCCGUAGGCUGGCAGGAGAGUAAAGAUCAGGAAAUGUUUGAGAGUGAAUGCAUCAGUAUGCCAACACCAUGCAAUUCAACGACUCAUUUUAUGCCAAAGGAUCCAAACACCCGUGACGGUAUUCACCUGGAAUUAAAUGAAAGCAUACAAGAGAAGAGUGCCAUUAACCAGUUUGGAGGUGGCAUUAAUGAUGACCGCUACAUCAUUACCUCUGAUGAACGUGCUGGAGGAAGUCAGGAAUUCAGUGUAUCAUCGAAGAGCAUUUCUUGGGAUAAAAGCGAAGAUUCCAGACGUCUGUUUGGGGGGAUUCAAGAGGAAUCUUCUUCAUUGGACGUGGAGUUUAAUUUGGAAGUCAGUGAUGACAGUGAUGAUAGCGGAAGCUUCGCUAACACCACGGUGCCUUUCUCCAAGUCAACAAAACAGUAUGCAGAGAAUGAAAACGAUUCUUUCAGUAUUGUGUUUGAAGAUUCAGGUUGUGCAGACAAAAGUGGAAAGAGUAGCAGAAGUAGUAGUAGUGGUGGAAUAGUCUUUCAAGAUGACAGUAGCCAUAGUAACAAAUACAUUGUGGACAUUCCAACUGACUCAGGUAGUAGUCGACCAAAAACUCUGUCUCUAUCGGAACAAAGAUCACACUCGGCCAGGAUUUUGCCCCUGGACAAGUCAAAUGUGACCCCUACCCAGAGGUCUUACCUGUAUAUACAGAUGCAACUCUGUCGUCGAGAGACACUGAAAGAUUGGCUUUGUGCCAGCACCUGUGAACCUCGAAGUUCAGAGGUCAUCUGGGACAUUUUUGGUCAGAUUGUUAGUGCAGUUGAAUAUGUGCAUAACAGUGGACUUAUGCACAGAGAUCUCAAGCCCUCCAACAUAUUCUUCACUUAUGAUGAAGUGAUUAAGAUAGGGGACUUUGGACUAGCCACUGACCUCACAGGAGAAAUCGAGGACUGCUCGACCGAUUCCAAUCCCUUCCAUAAACACACUGCUCAAGUGGGGACAACUCUGUAUAUGAGCCCAGAACAGAUGGAAGGAAAGCCCUAUGGUCCAAAAGUUGACAUUUUCUCCUUAGGAAUGAUCCUCUUUGAAAUGCUCUAUUCCUUCAACACUCAAAUGGAGAGAGUUCGAACGUUAAUGGAAAUCAAAAAGAGGGUUUUUCCAGAAGAAUUCAAGAAAAAUGAGGAAGAGUAUAAAUUUGUGGAUUGGUUGCUUUCUUUUGAACCUGCCCAAAGACCCAGUGCUACAGAAAUCAUGAACAGUAAACUGCUGGAGAAAUUCCGCUCUCAGCAUCCACCCAAAAUACACAGAGAUCGCUCCAUAUCAUCCAGCAGUAGUGGAUCGCUAGCCUUUGACUGAAGGCUUGUGUUCACAGAAUUCUUCAUCUUUCACUUUGUACAUGUGUUCUCAGAAUCAGGACUUCUUAGACCUUAAUUAAGUUUUGAAGGUGCACAUGACUUCAGAAGUGUAGUGUAUAUCUCCAUGUACUUUGUCCUUAAUUUUUCUUUUGAAAUUUCAGUGAGUGCUUCCCCAUCAUUCAUUAUUAUUUAAGGAAAGAAAUUAAAAGUUGUUUGGGUGCAACUUGGGUUGGGGCAUUUAUAAUAUGAAGCUGUGUAUAUAGAUCGACUGUUCCAACUGAGAUUUUAAAUGUUGAGUAAAUAGUAAAUUGAUUCCUUAGUUUAGAAAAUACAUGUAAGAAGUAUUGUCCUCGAAAAUGGCAUCAAAAUUGUAUAAAAUUUAUUUUUAUGUCGGUACAAUUAAUAUUGUGACAUAGUCAUUUAUGCAACAAAGGUUAUUUAAUGUACAAAUUUUAGCUCAUCUGCAUGGAAGAUUUGAGCUUUUCUGAUUGAAAUUUUCCACAGUUGUCAUAGUCCAUUGUUGUAUCAACUUUUCACAUUUUCAUCUUUUUCUCCCAAAUCACUUGGCUGAUUUCAACCAAAACCAAUACAGAGUAUCCAUGGGUAAAAGGAAUUCAAUUUUGUUUAAGUGAUUGAAAUGAAGUAUCCAACCCUCUUCUAAAGCGAGAUAAUUAAAAAAAAGUUAGAAUUCGGUAAAAUCAUUAACAAAUCUUCUCAAGAACCUCUGGGUGGGGCCACAAUUAGGGAACAAAUUUUUACAUAGUAAUAACAGGAUAAAAAUGUUCUGAAAAACAGUAAAGGGAUGAUCCCCCACUUCUAUAUGGAAGCAUCUUCAGUUAAUGUUGAUUUAAGAUUGUGCAAAUCAUGACAUAUAGGUGCACGGUGGGGCCACAAUAUGUUAUCUAAAUUUUAUUCAGGGAAUUAAACAGUAAAAAACAAUCUUGAAAAAAGGAGGGUCAUAGGUAUUCAGGUGGUCCAUAGGCCUCUGUUUUUUUUAAAAUCUGAAUCAGUUAAAACCAGUAUUAUCGAUAAGUUACAAUGGAAUACAGUAAGUUUACAGUCAAAAUCACCUCAUGAAUUUAACAAAUAUAUCAUUGUUCUCUGCUGGGAAACUUGUAAAAGGUAGAUUGGGCAAUCCUUGUGAAUAUUUUUGCCUUAUUUAUUGAUGUUAAUAAUCAGGGCAUAGUGAAUGUUUCCUCAGAAUCUCGAGUGUACAUGUAUUUAACAAAUGUCAAGUGCUUGCUUUAAAUUGCCGAGAUAAAAAUGAAAUCAUGUAGAUAAUUUUUUUCAUACUAUGUAAUAGGAAUUUAUUUUGUUAAAAUUGAUUUAUAUAUGUAGUGAUUGUGAUGUGCAGUGCAUAUGUAGUUACUGUUUUACCAAAGAGCUUUCAGAAAUUUAAAUCUUGCAUUAAAACAGUUAACAAAUUUUUGUUAUAAUUUUCCACACAAAGAAAAGCCAUAAUGUAUAAGUGUUUGCUUGAAAGUCAUAAUAUUUAUGAAUUAGAGAGUAUGUGUAGGAGAAUUCUCUAGGAAAAAAUUGUUAUCAUUUGUUGUGUUGAAAUUUUUUUGUAAUUUUGCAAUGGGGCAAAAUUAAAAAAAAUAAA